UUCCACGUCAGACUGUCGGCGGGUCGGCGGGGCGGGGGGGGGCUCCGGGCCUGCGUUGCCGGUAACAAGUGGGAACACCGGGGCUGUGAUCGACGCAACCAUGCCUUUGCGACUUGAUAUCAAGAGAAAGCUAACCGCUCGGUCUGAUCGAGUUAAGAGUGUGGAUUUGCAUCCUACAGAGCCAUGGAUGUUGGCAAGUCUUUACAAUGGCAGUGUUUGUGUUUGGAAUCAUGAAACACAGACCUUGGUGAAGACAUUUGAAGUGUGUGAUCUUCCUGUUCGAGCUGCAAAAUUUGUCGCAAGGAAGAAUUGGGUUGUGACAGGAGCAGAUGACAUGCAGAUUAGAGUGUUCAAUUACAACACUCUGGAACGAGUUCAUAUGUUUGAAGCACACUCAGACUACAUUCGCUGUAUUGCUGUUCAUCCAACCCAGCCUUUCAUCCUAACUAGCAGUGAUGACAUGCUUAUUAAGCUGUGGGAUUGGGAAAAAAAAUGGUCUUGCUCACAAGUGUUUGAAGGACACACCCACUAUGUUAUGCAGAUUGUGAUCAACCCCAAAGAUAACAAUCAGUUUGCCAGUGCGUCUUUGGACAGGACCAUCAAGGUGUGGCAGCUGGGCUCUUCAUCACCCAACUUCACUCUGGAGGGACACGAGAAAGGUGUGAACUGCCUCGAUUACUACAGUGGUGGCGACAAGCCAUACCUCAUCUCAGGUGCAGAUGACCGUCUUGUUAAAAUAUGGGAUUACCAGAAUAAAACGUGUGUACAGACACUAGAGGGACAUGCCCAGAACGUGUCUUGUGCCAGUUUUCAUCCCGAGCUGCCCAUCAUCAUCACAGGGUCAGAAGAUGGAACAGUGCGUAUAUGGCAUUCAAGCACCUACCGGCUUGAGAGCACGCUGAACUAUGGGAUGGAGAGGGUGUGGUGCGUGGCCAGUCUACGAGGGUCCAACAAUGUCGCUUUGGGCUAUGAUGAAGGGAGCAUCAUUGUUAAGCUUGGUCGGGAGGAACCUGCCAUGUCCAUGGAUGCCAAUGGAAAGAUUAUUUGGGCUAAGCACUCAGAAAUCCAGCAGGCCAACCUAAAAGCAAUGGGAGAUGCUGAAAUUAAAGAUGGAGAAAGACUGCCCCUGGCAGUAAAGGAUAUGGGCAGUUGUGAAAUAUACCCUCAGACUAUUCAGCACAACCCUAAUGGACGGUUUGUUGUGGUGUGCGGUGAUGGGGAGUAUAUCAUCUACACAGCAAUGGCACUGAGAAACAAGAGCUUCGGGUCUGCCCAGGAGUUUGCAUGGGCCCACGAUUCUUCAGAAUACGCAAUAAGAGGCAGCAACAGUGUUGUAAAGAUAUUUAAGAAUUUUAAGGAGAAAAAAUCAUUUAAACCUGACUUUGGAGCUGAAAGUAUCUAUGGAGGCUUCUUAUUGGGAGUCAGAUCUGUAAAUGGCUUGGCCUUCUAUGACUGGGACAAUACGGAACUCAUCCGCAGAAUUGAAAUUCAGCCCAAACACAUUUUCUGGUCGGACUCUGGAGAGCUCGUCUGUAUUGCCACCGAGGAAUCAUUUUUUAUCCUUAAGUAUCUGUCGGAGAAAGUCUUGGCCGCGCAGGAAACACAUGAGGGAGUUACCGAAGAUGGCAUUGAAGAUGCCUUUGAGGUUCUUGGUGAGAUUCAGGAAAUCGUGAAAACGGGGCUGUGGGUAGGCGAUUGCUUCAUCUACACAAGUUCUGUGAAUAGAUUAAAUUACUAUGUCGGAGGAGAAAUAGUCACCAUUGCUCACUUGGACAGGACAAUGUAUCUCCUGGGCUAUAUCCCUAAAGACAACCGGCUUUAUUUGGGAGAUAAAGAAUUGAACAUCGUUAGCUACUCCCUACUGGUUUCAGUCCUGGAAUACCAGACAGCUGUCAUGCGGAGGGACUUUGGCAUGGCCGAUAAGGUCCUUCCUACCAUUCCAAAAGAACAGAGGACCAGAGUUGCACACUUUUUGGAAAAGCAAGGCUUCAAGCAGCAAGCUCUUACAGUAUCCACAGAUCCUGAGCAUCGUUUCGAACUUGCUCUUCAACUUGGAGAGUUAAAAAUUGCCUACCAAUUAGCAGUAGAAGCAGAGUCAGAACAGAAGUGGAAGCAGCUUGCUGAGCUGGCCAUUAGUAGGUGUCAGUUCGGCCUAGCCCAGGAGUGCCUGCACCAUGCUCAGGACUAUGGGGGUCUGCUGCUUUUGGCCACUGCCUCUGGAAACGCUAGCAUGGUGAACAAGCUAGCAGAAGGUGCAGAGAGAGAUGGCAAAAACAACGUGGCGUUCAUGAGCUACUUUUUACAGGGCAAGCUUGAUGCGUGCCUGGAGCUCUUGGUUAGAACUGGACGGCUGCCAGAAGCUGCCUUCCUGGCCCGAACUUACUUACCCAGCCAGGUGUCAAGGGUAGUGAAGCUCUGGAGAGAGAAUCUCUCCAAAGUCAAUCAGAAAGCAGCAGAAUCCCUUGCUGACCCAACAGAGUAUGAAAACCUUUUUCCUGGAUUAAAAGAAGCCUUUGUUGUUGAAGAGUGGGUGAAGGAAACACAUUCUGAUCUGUGGCCAGCCAAACAAUACCCACUUGUCACGCCAAAUGAAGAGAGAAAUGUAAUGGAAGAGGCAAAAGGCUUUCAGCCCUCAAGAUCUGCAGCACAGCAGGAACUUGAUGGGAAACCUCCUUCCCCGACUCCAGUUAUCGUGGCCUCCCACACAGCCAGCAAAGAAGAAAAGAGUUUACUUGAACUAGAAGUAGAUUUGGAUAACUUGGAAUUAGAAGAUAUUGACACAACAGAUAUCAAUCUGGAUGAAGAUAUUUUAGAUGACUGAACAUGAUGUUUCCCAUUUACCCGACUGAACAGAUCGUCAUUAUGUAUGGGAUUGAUCGUCACCUUGACCGCAGCACCUUGGACUAUGAGAACCUCCCUAGGUUUUGUAUGUACAGCUGUGGACUGGGAACACAAUUCCCUCCUUGUCUUAGGAGGAACUUAUGGGCAGCAUUUAAAUCACUGUGUUUUCCUUGUUAACUAAAACAGACACAGGCUUUGAUUUUCUUCAUACUGUCAUUAGACUCCAUGUCAUAAAUCUUUUGAAUUAAUGAAGAUACUUCAGUUUCCUUUCUGAAUAAAAGAAAGGCUUCUAGUUUCUAGGCGGAGCCAAAACUCUACUCUACCUAGGAACCAGCCCCACACUGUUUUCUGUGUAUAACUAAAUCUUCAUUUCCAAA